AUGGGUCUCCCAGUAUGGAAAGCUCCUGUGCCGGUUGACACCGCCAAAGCAAGAGCCGAUGCGUCUGUCGCACAACGAUCCCCCAUUCGCCGACGUCGUUCACCCCAGGUAUCGCGUGCUGCCCCUCAUCGACGCGUGCACGUCGCCUCAGGCACCAUCUCUGGUUCCGCGACCGAGAGAUCUCGUCGACCGUACGAUCCUCGUUCGGCAUGGACGUCCUUGGACGAGCUCCAAAAUUUCCAACAUUCCUCCGGCGCCAACCUGGCCCAGCUGCUCCGGUCAACCGCCGUCUCCUUCGGCGACGCGCAGGAUCGUGAUACAUACAGGCAGUUGGCCGAGAGCAGAUUAGAUGCGCGUCAACGACUGCACGUUGCUAGCCUCCCUCCCGCUGAAAUUUCCGGUCAAGAUAGCCAAACGUCGACGUCGCGCUCGACGCCGUUCGGGUACCCCGAUGACUUUCCACCCUUGCGCCGCAUGAGUGGACGCUCCGUCAAUGACCUUGCGGAUCCGUCGGGUCGUGAGGAAACCCAGGUCCCAGGAAACUCGAGCAGAGCUCGUGUUGAUGGAUUGGGUGACCGCGAGCGAAGCCUCCCUCCAGACGAGGACAGCUGGGAAACGAUGCUAACGACCAUCACUCCGGAUCCUCAUCCUCCCAGUGCAGGUUCAUCCUUCACCACUGCCGUCGCAACCGCAUCUUUUUCAGGAGCCCGCCCGGAAUCAAACCCACGCGAAGGGUCGGAUUCUCGGUCGCAGUCGAAUUCCCGCUCGAACAGCACCUCGUACUCGGCUCGUUCUUCGCAAACCCAUUUGACCGUGCCUUUUAACCAGUCCUCGGAGGAUGAAGAGCCACUCCCGGAGCACUCGCGACGAUCCGAUCGUCGUCAACCUCCCCCUGUUCCGUCCUAUAGGGUUCGGCACUACACCACCGAUUCUGUAUCCGAUUGCGAUCAAGAUACGGAUAUCGAUGGAGAUACCAAUCCCCUCCCGAGCGGAAAUCCUAGUUUCCGCGAUCAAUCCACCGCACCUCUUGACCCCCUUCGAUCUCAACCCUCGUCCAUGCCACCCCGAGCCCCAACCGCUCCCCCCCGUCUUCAUCCGCUCGAUACCGUUGCGUUCGACGCCCCACACAACCUACGCACGCGCCGCGAGCCCCAUGUCGGCCUCAUACCCCACGCGCAAGACCCAACCGAUGGCCCCGAACGGAUCCACUUCGCGCCCGACGCAUAUGGGUUCCAUUCCCGCCCACCCCGCAUCCUCCCCGGCUCCCGCUCCCCGAUGCCCGCCCACACCGACGCUCUCCACUACCUCCCCCCUGCCCAGCGCCCCCUCUCCCCACGCACCGUCCGCCGCAGCCACGCGAUGGAUCGCGACCGCGCGCGGCGCCGACAGCGCCCCCACGUCGUGACUGAGCAGGACGUCAUCGACGGGAUGCGAGCGGAUCCAGAAUUCGCGGCGCCGGAAGAUCUCAUGGACCCGGACUUGGAGGAGGUGCAGAGCGUGCUGGCGCGGUUGGCGCAGCGCGAAGAUAUCGAUGACGAGUGGUGGAUCCGUGCCGGGUUGCGGGAUCUGGUCGGCCGGCUCGGUACCACAGGGAGAUUUUGA